CUCUCUUCGAAUCCCCUUUCCACAAAUGGCAAUAAUCUAGGGUUCCUUCUCCGCCCUCAGAAUCUAGGGUUUCGUAACCCCCUAUAUACCUGCAAAAAGAGGACAAACUCCAUCUUCGGUAUUGUGCCUUUCAGAUCCGUUUUAGAGAGUAGUCCUUCAACUCCUACUUUCUGGGAGUGGCAUAUUUCAAGCUCCAUAAUUCUUUCAUAUUGCGGUCUUUCUGAUGUUUGGACAGCUAAGUAGUAUUGCUUGUGGCCUAUAUGAUAUUUCCUCUAAUCCUGGUGAUGAUCAUCGAUGAGCUUCUGUUCCAAUGAAACCUUGCGAAGUCCUUUUUUCAAUCAUACUCAUUUCUAUUUUGACAAAAACAGGCCAUUCGAUGUCUCCUGAUGGUGAAGUGCUACUAAGUAUUAAGUCAGCCAUCACUGAUACAGAAGGUGUACUUGCACAAUGGAAAAGUGAGGAUCCAGAUCCAUGUGGCUGGAAAGGAGUGAAAUGUGACCCCAAAUCCAAGAGUGUGGUGCAUCUGGGCCUUGCAUAUCACAGAUUACGUGGAUAUCUAUCACCUGAUAUCGGGAAGCUUCGGCACCUAAAGAUUCUAGCUCUUCAUGAUAACAAUUUUUAUGGAACGAUUCCAUCAGAAUUGGGGAAUUGCACAGCAUUAAGAGCUUUAUAUCUGCAGGACAACUUUUUAAGUGGAUUUAUACCCAAGGAGUUUGGGCAGCUUUUGGAGCUUGAGAUUCUGGAUAUUUCCAGCAACACUCUCAGUGGGACCAUUCCUGUGUCCCUUGAACAGUUGACCAAUCUUUCGACAUUCAAUGUUUCAACCAAUUUUUUGGUUGGAAAGAUACCCUCUGGAGGUGCUCUCAGUAAAUUUACCGAGCAAUCCUUUGUUGGCAAUCGUGGCUUGUGUGGGAAGCAAAUCAAUGUUAUAUGUAAAAGUGAGCUUGAAGGUCCGAUCAAUUCAGAAUCUCCAGUUGCUGGUGGAUAUCCUUCUCCAUAUGGUGUGAUAUACCAAGGGGCAAAGAAAAGGUCUGCGAGAAACUCAACUAAACUCCUGAUAAGCGCUUUGGCAACAGUUGGUGCUUUACUUCUUGUAGCAUUGAUGUGCUUUUGGGGUUGUUUUCUUUACAAAAAAUUUGGUAAAAAUGACAAACCUCAUGCAAUGGAUGUUAGUGAAGGUGCGUCUAUUAUAAUGUUUCAUGGCGAUUUGCCCUACUCUUCGAAAGAUAUCAUACGAAAAAUAGAGGCUUUGAAUGAUGAAAACAUUAUAGGUUCUGGAGGCUUUGGAACAGUUUACAGACUUACAAUGGAUGAUGGCAAUGUAUUUGCAUUGAAAAGAAUUGUAAAAACAAAUGACGGCUUGGAUCGAUUCUUUGAAAGGGAGCUUGAAAUACUUGGGAGCAUAAAGCAUAGAUACUUGGUCAAUUUGCGAGGAUAUUGCAAUUCUCCUUCUUCUAAAUUGCUGAUCUAUGAUUUUUUACCCGGUGGAAAUUUAGAUGAAGUACUUCAUGAACGAUCCGAUCAGCUGGACUGGGAUGCUCGUGUGAAAAUCAUUGUGGGAGCUGCAAAGGGGUUGGCAUACCUGCACCACGAUUGUUCCCCUCGAAUCAUACACCGCGACAUAAAGUCUAGCAAUAUAUUGCUCGAUAUGCAUAUGGACGCUCGUGUUUCUGAUUUUGGGCUUGCCAAACUACUUGAGGAUGAAGCAUCUCAUAUCACUACUAUAGUUGCCGGAACAUUUGGUUACUUGGCCCCAGAGUAUAUUAAUAGUGGCAGAGCGACGGAGAAGUCCGACGUGUAUAGUUUUGGAGUUCUUGUGCUUGAAGUUUUGAGUAGAAAGCGACCCACAGAUUCAUUGUUUAUUGAGAAAGGCCUCAAUAUUGUUGGCUGGUUGAAUCACUUGGUGGAGGAGAAUAAGCAGACGGAUAUAAUCGAUCAGCUCUGUGAGGGAGUGCAGCCAGAGAGCUUUCACACACUGCUCUCCAUUGCAAUUCAGUGUGUCUCACCCAAUCCGGAGGAGCGGCCGACGAUGCACAGGGUUCUACAGAUACUGGAAUCUGAGGUUCUAACUCCUUGCCCCAGUGAUUUCUACGAUUCAAACUCUGACUCAUAAGUCGAUAUGCCAUGUUAUUUUUUGAGUUGAUGCAGCCAUUAUACCCCUAACCACUUAGCCAUGAGGAUGAACCCCUGGUUUCAGUGAAGCAAUGAGGAUGAACCCCUGUUUCUGUGGAGCAAAGACAAUCACACGGGUUCGGAAUGCCACAAAACCCCAAUUUUGGCUAUAAAAACCGGAGAGGCUUGGAAUCUACUUUGUAUUCUUUAAUUCAUUGUGGAGUACGACUGUUUCAGUCGCACGUUGUUAAUAUUGUUGCUAUUGAUUAUAAAAAUAAGUUGCAGCAUUUUGUACAAGGCAAGUGAGGAGGAGAAGAAUCGUUUUGAAGAGAUGGAAGGGGGAAGGAUCAGAGUUGUUUUGCUGAUGUAAUAUUUCUGAGGCUCUAGCUUGUAUGAAUAGUAUAUGUUAUGGCAUGUGCUUAGAAAAUUUUCCACUUC